UUGCGGUCGGGCUUGGAGGGGAGGGUUGGAAAGGCAAGGCAAAAAAAAAAAAAAAAGAGGAAAGCGGUUCGGUCCAGCCGCGCCUGCUCUUUGCCAGCCUUCCCCUGCCUGAUCGCCUUCUCUUGAUUCCUCUCCUCCCUUUUGGAAUUUUCAUUUCAUUUUCCCCCCAAAAAGUUAUCAUUCUUGCAUCCAGCCGGCUGGUGCCAGCCCGCCUUUCUUUUCCGCCCGCCUGUCAGCGUCUCUCUGUUCUCAGGGAGACUGCUUCAUCAUGCACUCGACCGAGUCAGCGGUGGUCGCUGCAAACUCCGGGCAGCCGCCCCAUAGUAGCAGUGACGACGGGCGCUUCAGCGUCCUCAGCUGGCAGCAGGUGCAGCGGCUGGACCAGAUCCUCGAAGAGGCUGUGCCCAUCCACGGCCGGGGCAACUUUCCGACUCUGUCCGUGCGACCGCGCAGGAUAGUGCAGGUGGUCCGCAGCCGUCUAGAAAAGAAGGGUGUUGCUGUCCAUAAUGUGAGACUGAAUGGCUCGGCAGCCAGCCACGUACUGCAUCACAACAGUGGUCUGGGAUACAAAGAUCUGGAUCUCAUUUUCGGGGUGGAUCUGAAAAGUGAGGAUGUCUUCCAGCUGGUGAAAGAUGUCGUAAUGGAUUGCCUCCUGGACUUCCUCCCGGAAGGGGUAAACAAAGAUAAGAUCACUCCCAUGACUCUGAAAGAGGCCUAUGUGCAGAAGCUGGUGAAAGUGUGCAACGAAACGGACCGCUGGAGCCUUAUCUCAUUGUCAAACAACAGUGGGAAGAACGUAGAACUCAAAUUUGUAGACUCUCUCCGACGGCAGUUUGAGUUCAGUGUCGAUUCCUUCCAGAUCAUAUUGGACUCACUGUUGCUCUUUGGGGAGUGUUCAGAGAACCCAAUGUCCAAGAACUUCCACCCUACAGUCACUGGGGAGAGCAUGUAUGGGGACUUUGAAGAGGCAAUGGACCACCUGAAGAACCGAAUCAUCGCCACUAGGAAUCCAGAGGAGAUCAGAGGUGGUGGCCUUUUGAAGUACUGCAACCUCCUUGUGAGGGGAUUUAAGCCCAAAUCAGAGGUUGACAUGAAAGCACUACAGAGAUACAUGUGCUCCAGGUUUUUUAUAGAUUUUCCUGACAUCGGAGAACAGCAGCGAAAGCUAGAAUCAUACCUUCAGAGCCACUUUGUUGGGAUGGAGAGUAAGAGAUACGACUGCCUGAUGACUCUACACAGAGUGGUGAAUGAGAGUACAGUGUGCCUGAUGGGACAUGAAAGGCGACAGACACUGAACCUCAUUGCCAUGUUGGCGGUCAGGGUCUUGGCUGAGCAGAACAUAAUCCCGACCGUCACAAAUGUGACUUGCUAUUAUCAGCCGGCACCCUACGUCAGCGAAAUAAAUGUCAACUACUAUGUAACCCACAUGCAGCCUCUAAUGCCUUGCAGUCACUCCUACCCAACUUGGCUCCCCUGCAGCUGAGUUUUGCAAUGGUUCUUCUUAAUACUCUGGGGAGAGUGGCAGGAGUAAUGGCCAUUCUUCCUGGAGAAGAAAAUCAAUAACCAGAACUCUUGCUCCUACAUUAGAAUGAAGUCAGUCUGCUGUAUACUGUGGGGAAACUGUGCAGUGUUAUGAGUAGUUAUCAGAGAUGUUUACAGUAAGAAAAUGCUUGAGUUAUGUAUGGGGUGAGUAGGAUUAGGUUAAAAGAUAGAGCUGCACUACCUGAUUUGAAAGAUGAAUUUUUUUCUUUUUUUAGUACAAGUGUUAAGGGAUGUGCAGACUCUAUUUCUGAAGAGAUGCCAGAGUGGCUGAUUCCUUUUAAAGGACCAAAGAAAUCCUAUUCAAGUGCCUGCAACCAAAAAAAAAAACACAAAACACAAAAACAAAAAAAGAAAAGAGAAAAAACAAGAAAAAAGAAUUUUGCUGUAACCUUGAUUUUUUUUUUUGUAGGGGCUGAGCUCCUUCUUGGUACUCCAAGUUGGGAUAUCUAAUUUUUUUGGGGGGGUAGGGGUAGGGCAGGGUCACCUGAUCAUUUCUGUCAAGGGAAGUGAUGCAGGCAGUGGCUUGAAAGAGCAGCUGCUGCCUCCUGGCUUGCUGUUAGAAGUGGGCCAGCCGUGCUGAUCAGCAGUCAAAGUGUGGGGAGCCAGAGGCUCAUGACAUGAUGUUUUAGAUUUUUUUUUUACGUCAUGCAAAACCCUCACAAAGGCUGAAAGGAAGAGGAGGACGCUGCCUCCAAAGUAUUGCUCUACUAAAUGUGCAGUGCCAAAAAUCUGACUUCAGGAAGCAAAUGUCCUGGAGAAGAAGGGGAAAAUGUUGGGAAUUGUGCGGCAAUAAAAAAAGCCACUGAUUGGUAGGCUGUUGGGCUGAAACGAGCUUGACCUGAGACACCAGCACACUGAUGUGUUCUCAAUGGGGUUGGUUUUUUUUUUUUUUUGGCUGUGGUUGAGCUUUGGGCAAAGAGCCCUGGAGCUCUUAUAAAAACUGCAGACAGUUCUUUAUAACCCUGUUUCCCUGCUCUCCCUUCAACUAGCUGCCUGUGUCCUGCUGCUUGGCUCCAUACUGGAGUAAGAUGGCAUUUUAUGUAGCUUAGUGAUGGACCUCGAUUAGCAGACACUAGGGAGGAGAGAAAUUCUAGUUUCCCUAUUUUUGGCAACUGGAAGGGUGUGGAAGAUCUCCGUUAAAGCCAGUCAGACUUGUGUCCAACAGGAUUUUAAUGUCACAUAUAAAUACAGGAGGUUCAAAGUGGCUACCUACCCAUCACACCAUAUCCCUUUCCCGAUGUGUGGAGGGCAGAACAGUUCCUGUGUAAAGUGUUGGUUCAGGUUAAUGCUCCUGUGCUUUUUUUUUUAGAAAGCUGAAGCGGUCGAAUGCCUCAGCUUUUUGGUUGUGCCUGCUAUAGAAGGUCUACAUUAAAAAUGUGUCAUGGUACAUCCUUGAAGGUCAGCUUAUUUACUAAUGUUUGUGUGCGGUAAAGUUGUACCAUGUUUGGGGCAGUCUGGAAAAAAAUCAAAUAAAAUAUCAUACUUGGAUUGUCGUGUAGGUAAAAUUCUGCCUCUUUUCCUGCACAAGUGUGAGCUGGGUUGGCGAAGGCCAAACCGUUCUCAGUCUUGUGGCCACACUGACAUAACACCUGCUCCAGCGUUGCCACUUCCACUCCUUCCUGGAUGAGGAGGAGCCACUCAUUUCUAAGAGGUCCAAUAACUGUGUAAAUAGGGAGUUCUUCUGCAAUAUAAAUAGCUCUUGGGCUGGCAGGGGCGGGGGGGGGGCACUUCUCUACAUACCAGUGAAUUCUUCCAUGCACAGAGAAAAUUGUGACUGCAGUGCCUGAUAUCAGGGGCUUAUAUGAGGGUUUUUUUUCCUUUUCCACUUGAAAAAGCUGCUCUUCAAUACUGUAUCUUUGGCAGCUUUUCAGUAGUUCACAUUUUAAGGGGGAAAAUGGGUUUGCACUAAUCGAAGUAGCACAGAUAUCUAGCAGCACUUAACUCUUCUGGCUGAAUUCUUGAGAGAGAGAAGCUUAAAUGACAGGAAAAAAAGUGUAAAAAGUAAAUACUAUAAUUUUUUUUUUUAAAAAAAAUAUUUCCCCUGUAACCAAGGGCUUGCUGGAAGAAUUUAAAAAGUUGCACUUUUGUAGGGUAUGUAUGCGUGUGGUGAAAUUCCUACAAAUGGAAGCUGUGUUGAACAUUUUUUUUUGCUGUGAUUGUGCUGUUCCUUUGUAUGUGUGAGGGGUAUCUUUAAGGUUUGAAGAGCGGAACACUUUCAGGCUUGUGUUUGGCUGUGUUCUGCUGCUACCACACCUGUCAUGGGGUAGGCCUGACAAGACUUGCUAGAUUCUUUAGAAUCUGUCACCAUAAAAUAAAUACAAUGUAUUGAAAUCUGUUGGGUUAUUCUUUUUGUUUUGAUCACAGAAGGCAACGAAGGCCAUAGCUUCUGGGGCCAUUUGUACCCUACCAGUUGAUUUGAGGCAAAAAAAAGGCUGUGAGUUUGUCCAGUGCUGAGGACCAUUCUUCACAUAGUGAGGAAGAGAGGGCAUAUCAAGAGAGGUUGCAGUUGCAAAGAGAACUGAGGCUGUAGAUACCUUAUGUAGUAUCAGUUGGCAUCAACACAGAGGCAGAUGGGAGCACAGCUUCAAUCUUCCCUUGGGAAAGAGCACUGCAUGGCCCUCUUAGAGAAAGGGAAUAUUGGUAGUCAGUAGGCAUGCUCCUGUAAUGAGUACAAAUUCCCAUUGUCCCUUCACCCACUUACUAAAAUUGAAAGCAGUUUCUGCCCUAUUACAAGAUGUGAUUGUCCUGUUUUUAUUGAAACCAUUUGAAAUUACUUCUGCUUAGACAGUUAAGGCCCAACACACAGCCUUCAGUGUUAAGAACAAUACACAAUCCUGAGCUUCCUUCUUCCAAACCUUUUUGGUGUAGGUAUUUCCCCUCAGCUGUCAACUUUCAUGGGUGAGGAUGAAGAAAAUGGAAUGUGGAUGGAGGAUUUAUGGGACAAGCCUGGCCAAUGUUGGCUGAGGAGCUCGUGGUGUAAUCUGUAUUCUCUCACCUUAGCCUCUUUCCAUAAGUACUUUAUAAAUUGGCUUGAGACACCUAGCAUGUGUCAAGGAUAAUACUAGUCUAAUAUAGGCUAUGAAUUGUGGGUGGGGGAGUACUUGGAGGGGCUACCUCUCAGCUUUGAAUGUGGCCCUGUCUUAGUUCUUUAUUGCCAUUGAAAAUUACACUCUCACUGAUUGUCUCUGAAUGGGCUUUUCAGCAUGAGGUUUUUGCUCCAGCUUCAUUACAUCAGUUUUUUCCUCUUCCUUACACACAGUGUAUUGAGUUUUUUCCAGAUUCCUUUUGCUAUAGUCUGAAAAGAUUGGGGAAAACUUGGUGGAGCGGGGUGGGUGUGGGGGAGCAGUGGCUGUCAAAAUAAUAUUGUGUCUAAGGGGGGAAACCAAUUUUGCUAAGAAACCAAGUAGGAGUGAAAAGCCUUAUGGGAGGAUUUCCAUUAUUGUGCUUUUCCUGCUGCAGUUUCAACACUCUGCCGUUUCUCUUACUUGGUCUCUCCCACCCUGCUCCAUUACAGCCUGGCUGGCUGUCUCUUUGAAUCUGGCCACGGCAGCAAAAACAGUCACCUGACAUGACUGGCUCUUUUCCAUUGUUGGAGCAGAUCAAGCCAAAACAAAAGGAUGCUAGUGGAAAGCACUGGUUGUAAUCCGAAAGCAGCUCUUGAUGUUUAAGCGUUCUUUGUUUCAUAUCCAAUAAAAAAAAAUCUAUUUUCUCA